CCUUCCCCUCCCCUCACACAUGGUUCGCUCCAACCCCGCCCCCUCCGCCAUUUUGCGCCCUCACCCCUCCGCGUGGGCGUGGCCUCCACCCUCCCAGCCAAUCCCCGCUCAGCGCGGGCGCGGCUCCCCUCUCAUCAACCAAUCCCCGCGAGCCGUGGGCGUGGCUCGGGGCGGAUCAACCCAAUGGCGGCGCGGGGGGAGGCGCGGCCUGGGCGCUUUUAAGGCGGCGCCGGGCGGGGGGGCCCGAGCGGAGCGCGGAGAUGUCGGCGAGUCACGACAGUCGAUCUCGCGAGAGCGGCCCUGAGGGGAUGGAGCCGGACGGGGUCAUCGAGAGCAACUGGCACGAGGUGGUGGACAGCUUCGACGAGAUGAACCUGUCGGAGGCGCUGCUGCGCGGGAUCUACGCCUACGGCUUCGAGAAACCCUCGGCCAUCCAGCAGAGAGCCAUCCUGCCCUGCAUCAAAGGCUAUGACGUCAUCGCGCAGGCGCAGUCGGGCACGGGUAAAACGGCCACCUUCGCCAUCUCCAUCCUGCAGCAGGUGGAGCUGGAGCUCAAGGCCACGCAGGCGCUCGUGCUGGCCCCCACCCGCGAGCUGGCCCAGCAGAUCCAGAAGGUGGUGAUGGCCCUCGGGGACUACAUGGGGGCCUCGUGCCACGCCUGCAUCGGCGGCACCAACGUCCGGGCCGAGGUGCAGAAGCUGCAGCUGGAGGCGCCGCACGUCGUGGUGGGCACGCCGGGCCGCGUCUUCGACAUGCUCAACCGCCGCUACCUCUCCCCAAAAUUCAUCAAGAUGUUCGUGCUGGACGAGGCGGACGAGAUGCUGAGCCGCGGCUUCAAGGAUCAGAUCUACGACAUCUUCCAGAAGCUCAGCGGGAACACGCAGGUUGUGCUGCUGUCGGCCACCAUGCCGCUGGACGUGCUGGAGGUGACCAAGAAGUUCAUGCGGGAGCCGAUCCGCAUCCUGGUCAAGAAGGAGGAGCUGACGCUCGAGGGCAUCCGCCAGUUCUACAUCAACGUCGAGAGGGAGGAGUGGAAGCUGGACACGCUGUGUGACCUCUACGAGACGCUGACCAUCACGCAGGCGGUCAUCUUCAUCAACACCCCGCCGCAAGGUGGACUGGCUGACCGAGAAGAUGCACGCAGGGACUUCACCGUGUCCGCAAUGCACGGGGACAUGGACCAGAAGGAGCGUGACGUCAUCAUGCGGGAAUUCCGCUCGGGCUCCAGCCGGGUGCUGAUCACCACCGACCUGCUGGAAAAAUUCCGCCGCGCGGCAUCGACGUCCAGCAGGUGUCCGCUGGUGAUCAACUACGACCUGCCCACCAACCGCGAGAACUACAUCCACCG